AUGAACCAAGUAACAAUAUCCUCCGACUCCGACUCCGACGCCAGCAUGUUCGCCUCAACAACAGCAACCACCAACCGCCACCCCAAUCCUCCUCAAUCUCACUCCCAUCAUCAUCAUCAUCAUCAUCAUCAUCAUCAUCAACAUCACCACCCCACAACCCUCCCCACCAAUAAUAAUACAUCCUCAACCACAAACCCAUCCUCAGAAAAAAGAAAAACCACAACCCACCGCACCCACGAAACAAUCCACAUAACCAACACAAUCCUCUCCUCCAAAGAACUCUUGGUGCUCCACAGUCUCGCCGCAAAUGAGUCGGUGCCACGAACGAGAAGAAGGUUUAUGGCACAGGUUCUUGAGCCUGGUGAUUCUGUUAGGGCAUCCAAGCUAGUCUGGGAUCGGCCAAAGUCCGACAGUGUUGGCAGUACUGCUGGGAGGGGGGAUGGCGGUGCCACAACGGUAGGAGGAUUGCAGGUUGCGCCUGGUAAUAUUAUCGAUGUCGUUGAGACGGAUGAUUUGAAUGGGUGGGAGCGACUUCGGACGAGGAAGUCGGCGGGUGGCAGUGGUGGAUCGUCACCGAUGGCGAGGAAGAUUUCUUCACCUGGAGGAUCGAAAAAGGGACAACAGCAGCAUGGAGUUGUUUCUGGGUCACCGUUAUCAUCGCCCGUUGUUAGGAGGAGAGGGAGACGGGAAGACGCGGAUGGGGAUGUUGAUAUGGAUAUUAGUUAG